ACGGAGAGAGCGCACGGAGAGAGAGAGAGAAGCAGAGCUUAGUGGGGAAGGCAGCAAGCAGUGCCACUGAUACGAGUGAAGGGGACGCCGCGUGGUUAUUUCCACAGACCUUUCUCUCUCUCUCUUCUCACAGCUUCACCUGCGCCUUCUGAGACGGACUCAGACACACCGGGACUAGAGGCUUUACAACCUUACCUUUUCGCGUUCGAACUCAUUUGAUUUACCAGCAGACUCCUGUGGUGGAAGGGGGGGUUUCUCAUUUCUCCCCGCUUUGGAGCGAGGAGUUUUGGUGUGUUUAUGUGUUUUACGCGUCGCUCGUCAUGGGAAAAAGUGGACAGAGAAGUGGAAUAGGACGCGGGAGUUGCUGCAGCUCGGCGAGGAUGUGCGCCACCACGCAAGGGAUCCUUCUUCUUCUCCUCCUGGUGCUCGCACACCGAGGAGUCGCCCAAGUGAGAGACGAUGACGACUUUCUGAGUCUCAGCGAACUCCCAGAAACCUUCCCCUCGGACCCUCCGGAGCCCUUACCUCACUUCCUGUUUGAACCCGAGGAGGGCUACAUCGUCAAGAACAAACCCGUCAACCUGUACUGCAAGGCGACACCUGCCACGCAGAUCUACUUUAAGUGCAACAGCGAGUGGGUCCAUCAGAAAGACCACACUGUGGAGGAGAGGGUGGAUGAAAACUCAGGUCUGGUGGUGAGAGAAGCCAGUAUAGAAAUCACACGACAGCAGGUGGAGGAGCUGUUUGGUCCUGAAGAUUACUGGUGUCAAUGUGUCGCCUGGAGCUCCGCUGGAACCACCAAAAGCCGCAAGGCGCACGUCCGCAUUGCAUACCUGAAGAAGUCCUUCGAACAGGAACCUCUGGGAAAGGAAGUGUCCCUGGAGCAGGAGGUGCUGCUGCAGUGUCGCCCUCCGGAGGGCAUACCGGCUGCUGAGGUGGAGUGGCUGAAGAACGAGGAGAUAAUCGACCCGGCAGAGGACAGAAACUUCUACAUCACCAUCGACCACAACCUGAUCAUCAAACAGGCGCGUCUGUCCGACACCGCCAACUACACGUGUGUGGCUAAGAACAUCGUGGCCAAACGACGCAGCACCACAGCCACUGUUAUCGUCUAUGUGAACGGCGGUUGGUCAACAUGGACGGAGUGGUCGGUGUGUAACAGCCGUUGUGGGCGGGGCUUCCAAAAAAGAACCCGUAGCUGCACCAAUCCCGCCCCCCUCAAUGGAGGACUGCCGUGUGAUGGAGUGGCCAUACAGAAGCUGCCUUGUACCUCACUUUGCACCGUGGACGGCGUGUGGACAGACUGGAGUAAGUGGUCGGCCUGUGGGACGGAGUGCACCCAGUGGAGGAGGAGGGAGUGCAACAACCCGGCGCCUAAAAAUGGAGGCAAAGACUGCGACGGGCUGGUGCUCCAGUCUCAGAACUGCACGGACGGACUCUGUAUGCAAAGUUCAUUUUUUCAGAAGUCCACUGAGCCCAAAGAAAAGAGUGAUUUGGGAAUCCCAUCUGCUCCAAGCACAGACGACGUGGCGCUCUACGUGGGCAUCGUCAUCGCAGUGAUCAUGUGCCUCGUCAUCUCCGUCAUCGUGGCGCUUUUUGUCUACCGCAAGACGCACCGCGACUUCGACUCAGACAUCAUCGACACCUCGGCGCUGAACGGAGGCUUCCAGUCUGUUAACAUCAAAACAGCCAGAUCGGCUGAUCUUCUGACCGCCCCUCCCGACUUGACCAAUGCAGCCGCCAUGUACCGCGGCCCUGUGUAUGCCCUCCACGACGUCUCCGAUAAAAUCCCGAUGACCAACUCCCCGCUCCUGGACCCUCUGCCCAACUUGAAGAUCAAAGUCUACAACUCUUCUGGUCUGGUCACGCCUCAGGACGACCUCGGGGGAGACUUCACGUCCAAACUCUCUCCUAAGGUUACUCAGUCUCUGUUGGAUAACAGUGACACCAUGAACCUUCGCAGCCAGAGCUUGGCCCGGACACGGGACCCUUCAUGUACCGCCCACGGAUCCUUCAACAACCAGGGAGGACACCUCAUCGUACCCAACUCUGGGGUGAGCUUGUUGGUUCCUGCGGGCGCCGUUCCUCAGGGCCGCGUCUAUGAGAUGUAUGUGACCGUGCACAGGAAGGACAGCUUGAGACCCCCGGUAGAGGAUAUCCAGACUGUGCUGAGCCCGGUAGUGAGCUGUGGGCCUCCAGGAGCCCUGCUGACCAGACCAGUGAUCCUCACCAUCCACCACUGCGCCGACAACGUGGAGGAAGACUGGCUCAUACAGCUCAGGAACCAACUGGCCAUGGGAGAGUGGGAGGACGUGGUCGUGGUGGGAGAGGAGAACUUCACCACCCCUUGCUACGUGCAGAUGGACUCUGAGGCGUGUCACAUCCUAACGGAGACCCUGGGGACGUACUGCCUGGUGGGACAGUCGGUCUGCAAGGCGGCCGCCAAGAGGCUCAAGCUGGCCGUCUUCGGCCCCGUCUCCUGCACGACUCUGGACUAUCACAUCCGGGUCUACUGUCUGGACGACACGCAGGACGCACUCAAGGAGGUUCUUCAGAUGGAGACCCAGAUGGGAGGGAAGCUUCUGGAUGAGCCGAAGACUCUGAACUUUAAAGACAGCACACACAAUCUGAGACUGUCGAUCCACGACGUGCCGCACACACACUGGAAGAGCAAGCUCAUCGCUAAAUAUCAGGAGAUCCCGUUCUACCAGGUGUGGAGCGGCAGUCAGAGAAGUCUUCACUGCACCUUCACCCUGGAGAGACUGAGCCCGGCCACCAUGGAGAUCAGCUGCAAGCUGUGUGUGCGGCAGGUGGAGGGAGAGGGACAGAUCUUUCAGCUCAGCAACACACUGGAGGAGGAGGUCCAGUGCAUAGACACGUCCCUAAUGGACCCUGCCAGUAACAUCACCACCUUAGUAGGACCCAACGCUUUCCGCAUUCCUCUGUCCAUCAGACAGAAGCUGUGUGGCAGUCUAGAUGCUCCGCAGACGAGAGGCAACGACUGGAGGAUGCUGGCCCACAAACUCAACCUUGACAGGUAUCUGAACUACUUUGCCACCAAGUCCAGUCCGACAGGUGUGAUCCUGGACCUGUGGGAGGCCCAGCACUUCCCCGACGGAGACCUGAACGAACUGGCCGCCGUGCUGGAAGAGAUGGGUCGCCAUGACGGCAGCUUCGCCUCCAUGACGACAGAACACUGACGAAAUAAAAACAAAAACGUGGUCACCAUGACGACGACAGAACUCUGGAGACGAUUACGUGAGAAUUCUCUUCGGUCGACGCUGCAGCUGGGGUGAUGGCGAUGGAAGAAUAAGAUGCGAGAGGGGAAGGGGAAGACGUCGGCAUGGUUGAAAUAACCACGGUUGCCAUGCCAACGAGAAGUGCUCGAGAUGGUUUUCCGAGAUAUGUGUGCAUCUGUUGUGUUUUGUUAAUUGGAGCAGUGUUGCAGUGUCGUUUGUGACCGAAGUAGAGAGAAAACCCCAACCUACAAACCGAAGUCGAUCAGGAACAAACGAAUCAUCAAACGCCGAAAAAAAAAGGGACCUUGUUUAGUGUAACACUCGUUGUUCUCCUGCUGUUACUUUCUACUGAACAAAGAAGCAGAGCUGCAGAAGAAGACAGAGGUACCGACCUUGAAAACCUCUAAAGGAAUGGAAGACAAUGAUGAAGGGAGAGAGCAUAAACUGAUUAUGGAGGAGUGGGAGAAGGUAGAGCGAGGAUAGAAAAAAAGAGAGAGAGUGAGUUAGAGCCUCUUUAGGUGGAGUAAACAGAGGGAGAAGCUAAACUGAUUACAACAGAGAGGGAGGGAGGGAGGACGUAAACACAAAAUGAUGGAGGGAGCCGCAGGUGAUGAUCUGUAAGAACAGGAUGGAAAACAGAUAAUGAGAGAGGAGAGAGAUGAAGAUGUAAUCCCUCUCUCCUCCUGCGAGCCUUGGCUGUACGUGUUUGCCAGUACAGUUUGUUGUCUUUUAUAUCGUUUCCUAGGGAACACUUUUAUGUAUUCUGCUGUCCAUAUGUGUGGAUCAUUUCCUGCUACACAGUGAAUGUCAAUCAGCGCCGUCCUGACCAGAAACAAGCCCUGGACAGAAGGUUUGGAUUACAUCAUUAGGGGGGGUUCAUAAAUUCCUGUUGUGGUCUGUAUUCAGUUUGUGGCUUUUUUGUUAAAUUAUCCAGGGUCAGAAAAACUCAAAGGACAUCGUCAAAUGCAACUGAGCCUUUAACUUUGUUGAUCCAAAACAGAUCCAACCCUCACAGGGUAAGAUGUGUUUGCAAUUGUCAAACAUGUACUUUGCACGUGGUAAAAGGGAAGUUUUGGUAAACUUUGAGUAGUGAAUUUUGAAGCCCAUGUUAAAGGUCACAUAUUAUACUCCUUUCUAAAUAUUUAAAAUAAGUCUCUGAGCUCCCUAAAACAUGUCUGUGAAGUUUCUUGUUCUAAAUCCACUCUGAUCCUGUAUUUGAUCAUGCCUAUAAACCCCUCUAUUUCAGCCCUGCUCAGAACAGGCUGUUUCUGUGUCUGUACCUUUAAAUAUGUAAAUGACCUGUGUCUGACCACGCCCCUCUCUAGAAGAGCUUUGGCUUUCUUGCACCGAUCAUUAACGUUGAGAAAGCAGACUCAGAGGGCAGAACAAACACCUAGCUGUGGGAGUGUCACCCACCUGGGGGAGGGGUUACUGUCCUUUGUGAUGUCAUGAAGGGAAAAUCUCCAAACGGCCUGUUUGAGCACACAUUUUCUGAAAAGUGGUGCAGGCAGAAGACGGAGAGGAUGGACUUUUCUCAUCAUUGAGGGGUUUGUAAACGGACUAGGGCUGCAUAUCAGAGUUUGAAAAGCAUGGUAAAGUGUAUUUGCAUAAUAUGUGACCUUUAAAUCUAAUUUGUGGUUGUCAGUGCUCAAAAGUAAUUUGAUCGGAUUAAAACUAUUGGAUUGGAUCAAGAUGUUCAAAAUAAUAAGAAAAAGACAUGAUAAGAUCGGGUAUUACAAUCCUGGUUUUCAUACAGACUAAAGCUCCAGUUUUUGAUGUUUAGAAUUUGAGAAGAUUGGGAUAAAUUAGAUCCCAAAAUCAGGAUGAUCCUGAGCCCUGAAGAGGGCUGAAUUAAAUCUGAAUUACAGGAACAAAUUGUCAUGUCAUUUUAAAACUGGUCAGCUAAAACAACAGUUUUUCAAUGAUCCUAAUAUUUCAGAUACUAUUGUUUAUUUUCCUCUGGGUUUUGUUGAAUUGAUACAGUGAUGUAGUCGAUAAAGUCGACACUAAGGUCGAUAAAAGAGAAGGAUUUCACAUGUGAUCAUAUUUAGAAAAACUCCAGAAUUCAUGUGUUUGUCUUUAAGUGAAGUGAAACUUUUAAUUGCAUUUCAUUUUUAUUACUUUAAGGAGACAGAACGGAGACAUGAUCUGUUUGGAGGUACCUUUAAGACCGCACUUAUGAUAAACAGAUGAACCAGGGAUCGAUUCGCAGCUUGUCAGACUUUCCUCUCCAUCUCCAGAAGAGUACAGUAUACUCAAAUGUUUGUUUAAAAGGAGACUGAAUUUACUAAUUAUAAAAAUUAGUCAGUGAACCCACUUUUACACAAGAAAAGAAGUCAUUGUAAAGCAUUAAAACCAUCAUCUUCAGGCUACAAACGCAUUCAAAGUAAAAGAAAAAGUGUUUUCUUCAGUGAUGCUGCUCUUCGAUUUACGUUGUUUGAAAUGCCUGAUGGGAAAUUCUCGCUUCGGCUGCCACAUUAAGUAAACCACGACCUCUUAUCCAGGCGUCAGUCUGAGGACUGAUGGGGCUUGUUUCUGGUCAGGGUCCAGCUCAGAGGAAAGGGCGAGGACGCAAAAAAGGGAGGAUACAGUUGAAACUACAGGGGUUUUAAAUACGGUGAUAUACAGAGUAGUAUGUGAUGAAUACAAACAGCUGAUAUCAUUGAUUCCUGCUAUACAGGUUUGAUUAUAACAUACUCAAAAUAUAUAUCUCCUACAGGAAGAUAUACAUUUCUUUCAUUUUUUCUGUCUCAACAAGUUAGUUUUUUUUAUUUGUGAUCAUCACAGUGACUUUUCUGGUCACUAGCGCCAUCCAGUGGCUUCUGAAGAAUGACAGCGUUUAUUUUUGAUUGUCUGAAAUGUGUAAAUACAUGAUUAUCAUGUUCAUUUGAAUGACCUUGUAUCAGCAUAUUUUUUGUUCAGUGGUCAUUAUGUGUUACUUUCAUUAACAUUAUUGUUAUUAUUAUUAUUAUUUUAUUUUUUUGCCAUUGUUGAUGUUUUUUUGGGUGUGGGUGUGUCGGCGGGUCAAAUCUGUAACAUAUCAGUUAGUUGCCCUUUAUCAAAAAAACAAAUGUUCAGUCAGCAGCUAACAUUCCAGCUCGUGGUGUAUUUGUUGAUGAAGUUGCGAUUAAGAGCUUAAAAACAUGAUACGAACUAACGGGGGGCUCGUGUAAAAUGAAGUGUAAUAUAUUCGUGUUUAACCAAGGCUGACGUGUUAACGUUAGCGUUAAUGUUAGCAUUGACUCAGGUUGACAGUGUCUGAAGAAAACUACAUCAAGCCAGCUUUGAGGAAAGAACAACAGCCUUAUCUUUAGUUGCUUUUCAAUAGUUGUCAGAAGCCCCAGGGGACUUGAACGCACCACGAAUAGGGCAACAGGGACAUUUAGUUGAAAGGGAGUACAUGUACAAUAUUUAAAAACCAGAGGUAAGAUUCUCUGAACGAUGGAGAGAUGCCAUAUGAAGCUGAACAUCACGUGUAGAGGAGAAACGGAGGAGGUACACCGUAAAGAAAAACAGUCAAAGCUGACAAACAAAGGCCGAGUUAGCAGCGGUACAAAAGGUCAGAUCUUUCCGCUUCGUGACAGAUUUCAUCUUGUGGUUGCCCACACAGGAGGAAACCUUGAAACAUUGAUUUUCCACAUUGAUUUUUCUCUGCGCGAGUGAAAAAUCCGACCUCUUGCAUCGUUGCAAAACGGAGGCGUGGAGGCCUCAAAAGAACAGAUGUUUUAAUUUCAGACAGCCUUAAUUAACAAAAUUAGAAAAGUGUAUGGUUAAAUGACGGAGUGGAUGUUUUGUAUGUUUUCAAAUAUAACUGCUGAUGUCAGAUGUGAGGAAAUCAAAGGGAAAGAGGUGUGUACAUUUUUUUUUGAGGAUUAAAAGCCUAGAACAUCAAGCCAUCACUUCAAGUUUGUUUCAGAACAAAGAUGAACCCAAAGGUCAUGACGAUAUCUUUCAUACCAUGUGAUCAGGAACGUCUGAAUGCAGGAUACAGGAUCACAUUUUUCACUGCGUGCAAGGACACAAUCAGUUAAAAAGAGAUGUGGGUUACCAGUGUCUGUGUGACUUUUGCUCUGGAACGUGCUCCUUGCCAUGUUUUCAGUCUGACGUUUACGGGCGGGACAGACUGUUUGUGAAAAGGAGAGCUUUCAUAUGAGGAGAGGCCUCCACAAAGGCGAUCCUUCGGGAUGUGAAAAUGAAGAACGCAUUGUGGAGAAAUCAAAGUAUGUACAAAUGUUUUCUACGCGCAGUAUGUACAGUUGUGUACUGUCAGCUAUAUUUGGCAAAUUUGAGAAUUUAAAAAAAGAGCAGUACAAUUAGAUACUAGUUUGUAUGUUUCCAGUUUUUUAUUUAAGUUUUUUUUUUCCUGUUUUGUAAAAGCGGUGUCUACUAUGCAAACUUGGCAUUGGUUAUCAUGAUAGAAGUCUAUAACUAGAGCUGUUAUAAGUGCUUGUAAGUGCAUUUUUUUAUUUUACUAUCAGGGGUGGAUUGAUUAGAUUAGUGCGGGGUAGUGUUGGUCCAUUUUCGCUGAUUCUGGCACGCUUCAUGAUUCUUGCUCAACCUUGCUGAUCGCUCGCCUCUCUAUCUCUAAUUGUUUUCUGUACAAAGUGUAAGAAAGAAUUUUUAAGACAAUUAAUAAAUUAUAUUUAUAAGCAACGCUGAAAA